UGCGAGACUAACGCAGGCUGCCUUCUCCUCCCGCAGGCAAGAGCUUCAACCUGACCAUCACCAUCAGCACGUCACCGCCCCAGGUCACCACCUACUGCAAGGCUAUCAAGGUCACGGUCGACGGCCCUCGGGAACCUCGCUCCAAAGCACGCCAACAACAGUUCCGAGCCUUCGCCCUGGGCCAGCGGCCCUUCCUAGACACCCGCUUCAGCGACCACCUCCGGGAGCUCGAACUUAGACGGAAGAGCGACUCAAUACCUCCUAGUAUAGCCUUCAAAGUUCCUCAUACUGGCCCCGCGACACAAGAUCCUACACAGUCGAUGGGCCUGGGUACGGCAGACAGUCACUGGACCAGCUACAGCGGUACCCACUAUUCCUCCUACAUACCAGGUAGUCUCACGGGAGGCAACAGCUCGACGCUGCAGAGCGGCUUCUCCUCCACGCAGGGCCUCGGCUACAGCAGCGACAUCAGCCAGCAAGUCAACACGCUUGAAUCCAACUCUUCGCAUCUGUCGUCUGCUUCGUUCGCAGGUGUGAUAGAGAACUCCCCGAGCUCCGGCGGCGACUACGAGGGCCUGGGCUCCCUGCAGGCCCCGCACUCGCCACCGCGCCACGACUACAUGCUGGCGCGCUACUCCUCGCCCGACCCCCGUCACCCCGCCACCGGCACCACCGACCCCCGCCAGGACUUGUCGUGCGCCCCCUAUACGCCGCCCUCCACCUCCACCAACACGACAGCCACGCCCUCCAUAGCAGGGGGCCUCCUCGCCGGAACCUCCUCGUCCACGGGCGGCGCAGGGAGCGGCGUGUCGGCAGCAGCGGCGGCCGCGGCAGGGGCUGCAGGCGGCGGGACAGGAAGCUACCCCGGCUACCUGGGCAGCGGGUACUACACUGCCACCACGACGGCCCAAGGCUACCUCUCCCCGAGCGUGUCGCUGUUGUACCCCCACUUGUAUCCCCAGCAGGGGCAGCUGGCCCUUCUGGACCCGCGCCAGGCCACCACCGACCAGUACAGCGGGGCCACGGGCGCCGCCAACACCGGCGGCCAGCGCGACUACACGCGCCACGACGGCUACCGCGACAUGUCCACGGCCGGAGCAACGACGCCCGGCGCCCACCAGAGCAUGAUGGCCGCCCACAUGACCCCCGACGAGGGUCUUCACGCCGCCCACGCCCACGACCGCUACAUGAGCAACGGGACGCGCGCGGGCGGCCCCUCUCCGAACGACCCGUCCGUGUGGCGACCCUACUAGGGCGCCGCGCCGGACUCGCCUCGCACCGCCGCUCCAAACACAGCGUCCGUCGGGACGCUAUGGACUGGAGAGUCCGCAGCCUAAAGUUGAGAAAUCAGCAAAAUUAUAAUAUCGCUAUUUUUAUGCGUUAGCAUAUAUGUAAUCACAGUGAACUUGUUAUAUCAGUUACUAUGUGGCCUUAUUAGCAUAUUUAUUAUAACGAAUUUCAGUACAGUAUAGUGAGCAAGUUAACUAGUGAUUCAUUUGCUGUUGACAGUGUACAUAUACAUAGUAUACAUGCCUUACAUUUAUUAGAGUUUGUACCCUAGGAGUCCAGGUGCUUGAGUACCUGUGUGAUGAUGCGAAGACACAGACGCCGCCGUGUAGCAUUUAAAGUACAACAUUCACAGCCGUGUACGUAGGGUGACACUCGUCGGGGCCGCACCGCCCGACUCGCGCGCAGUCCUGCCUAUGUAUUGCAUUCACCCGAAUGUUAUAACAUAGCUCAAAGUGACGGAAGAGAGAGAGAGAGAGAGAGAGUCCGAAGGGCCACAGGAGCUGCCUUCCGCGAGUGUCGUUGUCGUUCUUAGCGACAUUACCACGAGGCUCGGUUGUUUCCUAGCAGUCUUCCACCGUCUGGUUAUUCUAUAAACUUCUCGAGGCGGACUUUUCAAGUCAACGAUGCGCUUAAACACCCAGUAAUGAUGGGGAAAAUACGUAAUUCGACCUCCUUAUAUAGUACAGUGAAAACUAUCCUCUCCUCAGAAGCAUGUAUGACAUGGCAACUAUAUGACGAAAUACUCAGAGAACUUCUACUUGUGUAGGAGUUUACCUGUUUGUCCUAAGCGUCCUAUUGUGCGUGAAGUUCUCUCUGUAUGUUUUAACGCUCGGUCCGAACCGUAUGUCUAAGUCUGAAUAUCAUAUAUUCAGGUAUUGGUCUCAUUCCUGGAGAGGUAGAAUGUCAGAAGCCUUGCUCUCGCGCGGCAGGUACUGGAGUAUGGUGAGCUUCAUUUAGUAAAACACUUUGGACGCUUCAAAUCAAGUGAGGCCCGUCUUGGUAUGGUAUCAAAAAUUCUCACCUAACGUUCGUUGCGGAAAGUUAAAUUGUUAUUGUGAUAUCUAACAGCAUGACCAUCACUCGCAGCUCUUAAUUAUUCAAUUAUAGCUUUGCUCACUGGAUUUAUUGGAAAACAAAGCAAAAAAAAAAACGUGAUAUACUGCCACAGAUAGCAGAAUGUUCUCCGCUUGUCAGUGAACACACCAGCCCCCCCCCCUUGCUCAACGUCUCACCUGCAAGAGAGCCAGAAUAUUUUACCCUCUAUGAACAAGGCAGGUUUUUUAACAGUUUAGAAAUAUCCAUGGUAAUAAAAGAAAAUCGUAGUUUAGUGUUUCCAAAAAGAAUCGCCUGUUUCUAACAAUCAAAACGUAAACAUAUACCGCAGACUUAAUCCCUUGGAACAUGGAUAUUCCUCUUGUAUAAUCUCGCUACAAACUGUUUAAGAAUCCGAGCCAAGUGUCAGUGAAGGAGUCAGUGACCAUUUGCGUAACAGUGUUUGUUAUAUACUACAUUUGAUCGUUCCUAUAGGAUGUAGGGCAGCACCGCGACAUGUGCUACGUUUUUAUUUUUUUUGUUUGUUUAUUUUAUUUUAUUUGGUAAAGUUCAUGAGAACUUUUACUUUUCCAUCUCUACAACAAAAGUCUCAGUCACGAAGAUUUCCACUAGUAAAUAUUAAGUCAUUAGCUUGGUAACUGCUAAUUUACCUCACGAUGACUGGGCACUUUGUGAAUCUCUGAUGUAGAUGCACCUGAGAACAGGUGCAGUAUUCGAGUCCAUGGUGUACAUGGCAAGUCAGGGUGUAGUGCAAAUGUCGCUGCUGCAGUGGAAUAUUGCUUUAAGGUUUGUAAAUAGCUAAUUUGCCCUGCAAUGUCUCGAUUUGUAGUCCUAGAAUUUCUUAAUAAAGCAACAUUUUAUAGAA